AUGGGCUGCGCUGGGUUCACCUGCUCCAAACAUUCUCUGUGUGCGCUCAACAUCCUCAAUGUGAUGGUGAGUCUGCUGAUGAUUGGCAUUGCAGCAUGGGGGAAGUGGUUUGGAUUGGUGUCCAGUUUCCAGGUUGUGGGAGGCAUCAUCGGUGUGGGAGUCUUCCUUUUCUUCGUGGCCCUGGCUGGCCUCAUCGGGGCCAUGAAACACCACCAGGUCCUGCUGUUCUUUUACAUGAUCAUCCUGUUCAUGGUGUUUAUUGUACAGUUCUCUGUCUCCAGUGCCUGUUUGGCCAUUAACAGAGAGCAACAGGAUCACCUGCUAGAGGUUGGCUGGAAUAAUUCCCAGAGCACCCAGAGAGACGUGGAAAGGAGCCUCAACUGCUGCGGCUUCAAACAGGUCAACCCCAACACCACCUGUGAUGCUGCCUGUUUCCCCAACCACUCCUGCUUUCCAUGUGCAGGUAUGAUCCAGGAACAUGCCGGAGGGGUUCUCCGCUUUGUAGGAGGAAUAGGACUCUUUUUCAGCUUCACAGAGAUUUUGGGAAUGUGGCUCACAUAUCGCUACAGGAACCAGAAGGAUCCCAGAGCCAACCCCAGUGCUUUCCUGUAA